AAUGCCACCUUUUAUGGAGAACCCUGCUCUUCCAUCUGGCUCAAGAGUCUUGGUCACCGGCGCGAAUGGGUUCAUCGCGUCGCACAUUGUUGACCAGUUGCUCGAACUCGGCUACAACGUCCGCGGCACUGUGCGAGCACCCAAGCCGUGGCUGGAUGACCUGUUCCAACCCAGACACGAUGUCACUCGUUUUGAGAGCGUGAUUCUAGCAGACAUGAAUGAUGCGGCCGCUUUAGAUGGAGUCUUACAGGAUGUGUCGGGCAUCAUUCACGUGGCGUCAGAUGUCUCAAUGAGUCCAGACUCGAGUGUCAUCGCCAAGACAGUCACCUCAACCCAGCUAUUGCUGAAAUACGCGGCCAGGCACCACUCUGUGUCUCGGGUGGUGUUGACCUCGUCCUCGACGGCCGCAGUCUUGCCCCAGCCCAAUCGGCCAGAUAUCACUGUGACAGAAGACACCUGGAAUGACUAUGCGGUGGCCUGUGCCUACGAUUCCACAAUUCCCGCCGCUCAGAAGCCGUACCUCGUCUAUGCAGCUUCGAAGACGGAAGGAGAACGCCAGGGCUGGCAGUGGAUUGCCGACAACAAGCCCGGUUACGUGUUCAACACCGUCUUGCCGGGGACAAAUUUUGGCAAGAUCUUGCACCCGAAUAUCGGCGGCUCCACGAUGGGCCUUGUCCGUGCACUGCUCGCUGGCGACUCAUUCCCUAUAAAGGCCAUUCCACCGCAAUGGUUCGUCAAUGUCGAAGACACGGCGCGCCUGCACAUCACCGCGCUCCUCGAUCGCACGGUGGCUUCGGAGAGGAUCUUCGCAUUUGCGAACCCCUUCAAUUGGACUGACGUGCUCGAGAUCCUGCACAAAAAUUCCAAUGGGGAUUCCGAUCUGCCGCCGAUUCCGGAAAAUGAAGCUCGGGAUUUGAGUCAGGUGGUCCCGUCGCGGAGGGCAGAGCACCUACUUGUUCAGUCUUGGGGGCUUUCGGGGUGGACUAGUCUGGAGCACAGCGUGCUUGCUUAG